GUUAAUUUAAAAAAAAAUAUCCAUAUUUGCAAAUGUCAACAAAAGUCAAAAUUUCAAAGAGAGGGCAACAAUAUGAAUUAUCUUAAAAAGAAAACUAUAACCCAUUUAGUAAUUUAUCACUUUGUCCUAAAUCAAUAAUUGCAUUAGCUUAAUCUUCAUAUGAUCCAUAACUUAUAGAAUUUACUCUUAAUUAAUUAAAGACUCCAUGUAAUUCAAAACACUAAACUCAUUUAAAUAGAAUGAGAUAAAUUGCAGAUAAAUAAGAGAACUUUGUACAUGGUUCAAUCAGUAUGAAUAGCCAAAUAGAAACCGUAAUAUAAUACAGUGAUCAUUCAUUUUAUGACUAAAUGGAAACAAGUCACAGAAAAAAUAGUUUGCAUUAUUUUGAUGAAUCUUAUUAACACUUUUGA